CUUUUCUUCCGUUUACUCGUCGCGGUCGCAGGGGCGGGGCAGCGUUGCCGCGUUCGAUAUAAACCCUCCCCGGCAGAUUCGCGAUCGGUUUCCGACUCCUCUCUCGCGCCGAGCCCGAGCUAAGCUGCGCGCCAUUGUAGCUAGCUUUGAUCGGCGUCGGCUUGUUGGGGGGAAGGGGCUUGUGUGGAUCUCGCGGCGGAUUCACCGAGCGAUUCGCCUUUUUUUCCGUUUGAUCCGAUUCGGUUCGGUUCGAUUUCGAUUCCCAUCCUUUUGGUCGCGGGUUCUGGGAUCUCCUCCGCCCGCGCGGCGUGCGGCGUCCGAUCCUGCGCCGCUGCCCCGGCGGCCCUCCCAUCUCGGUUCGAAUUCGAGCUGAAGAAGAACUGAUAGUAGCAAGAGGUGUCCCCCCUCAAUUCUAGCUCUGAAUUGCAGGAAAAGCUGGUAAAAUCUUAGGGUAAUGGGAGUCAAGCCUUCACAGUGAAGAUUUAAUAGAUGAAGGCACACCAAUUGUGGCAGUUACCUAUCAAGGAUAUGAAGUCUGCUCCUCUCCCUCGCGGACGAACUUCUCCGAAAAAACAUUUGUGCAUACUUGUUGUAGCUUUCGUCUCCAUUGUAACACUGUGGGCUUAUCUCUAUCCACCCCAGCAUUAUACGUCUCCUAUGAGAGAUUGGUUACCUGCAGAGCCUGUCAGGGAAUUGACGGAUCAAGAGAGAGCCUCACAAGUUGUUUUCAAACAGAUCCUAUCAACACCUCCUGUUAAGUCGAAGAGAUCAAAAGUUGCUUUCAUGUUCUUAACUCCUGGUACAUUGCCAUUUGAAAGAUUAUGGGAGAAAUUUUUUGAGGGUCAUGAGGGAAGAUAUACCAUAUAUGUUCAUGCCUCAAGGGAGAAACCAGAACAUGCCAGUCCCUUAUUUAUUGAUCGAGACAUACGCAGUGAAAAGGUGGUAUGGGGUAAGAUUUCCAUGGUUGAUGCAGAGAGAAGGUUGUUGGCAAAUGCACUGGAAGACGUUGACAAUCAGCAUUUUGUGUUACUCUCUGACAGCUGUGUACCUUUGCACAAUUUUGAUUAUGUGUAUAACUACCUGAUAGGAACAAAUAUCAGUUUUAUUGAUUCCUUUUAUGAUCCUGGACCACAUGGAAAUUUUAGAUAUUCUAAACAUAUGUUACCUGAAGUUAGAGAGAGUGACUUCAGGAAGGGUUCACAGUGGUUCUCAGUCAAGCGUCAGCAUGCAUUGAUGAUAAUUGCGGACAGUCUUUACUAUACUAAGUUCAAGCUUCAUUGUAAGCCUGGGAUGGAAGAUGGUCGCAACUGCUAUGCUGACGAGCAUUAUUUGCCAACACUAUUCCAUAUGAUAGAUCCAAAUGGAAUUGCCAACUGGUCUGUGACUCAUGUUGACUGGUCUGAAGGGAAGUGGCAUCCGAAAGCUUAUCGGGCAAAUGAUGUUACAUACGAGCUUCUGAAGAAUAUAACAUCAAUUGACAUGAGCUACCAUAUCACCAGCGAUAGCAAGAAAGUGGUUACGCAGAGGCCUUGCUUAUGGAAUGGAGUGAAGAGACCGUGUUACUUGUUUGCGAGAAAGUUCUACCCUGAAUCCAUAAACCGCCUCAUGAACUCAUUCUCAAAUUACACCCGUUUUUGAGUUCUGCAGAGUUGCAUGGGUACCCUACACUAAAAAAAUUCCUCCAUACUAGUGGAUAUAUAGGAGAUAUUCUGUUACAGGAAUCUUUGUAAAUUGGAAGAGAACAGCAGAUUUAUUAACAAUAGCUGGUAUAGGAAUAGGGAGAGGAGAAGGCAUACGCCGCAGCAUUAGGGUGGUUCAGAUCUCCACGGUCAGGCCAUUGCCACUCCUGAAUACAAAUUUCUUUAGGUUCACCUUGUUUUUUGCUAGCCUAUUUCUCUUGAUUUCUAGCUGCAGAUUCUGUCAUGUACAUGAAGCUUAUUGUAUAACUAGGGGAGAAGUCAUUAUUGAGGCCCAUUUUUAUUGAUUUAUCCAUAAAGCUUUGGCAAACCUUUGUCUUA